CUCUCUCUCUGUGUCUCAGUGCGUUACAGCCAGGGCGAGGUCUCGUCCUCCGCCGCCAUCAGUCAUCACACUGGUAACUCCAUGGCAACCAGCCAGUCAGUGCUUCAGCAGGUGUCUCCGGGCGGACUGGACCACGGACACAGUCUGCUGUCACCUGACGCCAAGAUGAUCUCUGGUUCAGGUGGAGGUCUUCCUCCCGUCAGUACUCUGACAAACAUCCACAGCUCUCACCACGGUCACCAGCAGACACAGAACCUCAUCAUGCCUCUGUCUGGAGUCAUGGCCAUCGCUCAGAGUCUAAACACGUCGCAGUCUCAGUCGGUGCCGGUGAUCAACAGCGUGGCAGGAAGUCUGGCGGCGCUGCAGCCGGUCCAGUUCUCCCAGCAGCUGCACAGUCCACACCAGCAGAGUCUGAUGCAGCAGUCGCCGAGUCACUCACACAUGUAUCCUCACAAGCAGGAGCCGCCACAAUAUUCUCACCCGUCACGCUUCUCCUCGGCCAUGGUGGUGACGGACGCCAACAGCAUCAGCACGCUCAGCUCUAUGUCGUCCAGCAAGACGGUCAGUCCUUCACAAAUCACCCUGUCACACCAUCACCCUGUAAUACCAUCACACAUUCACCCUGUCACACAUUCACCCUGUAAUACCAUCACACAUU